AUGAAUUUCGUGAAGGUAUCCCUCGAUUCGUACCCUGUCAAGUACUACAACCGAACGCACAAAGUCACCAACACGCUGAGGCUGAAGGGGAUAGGCCUUCUAACCUGGGAGGAAGAUGACAUCAUAAAUUUCUUUCAGAACCUGGACUUGACCUUCAUGGUCUAUUUGAUACUGCAGCAGAAUGUCGUCUACGUGGAGUUUUACAAAAAGAAGGACUCCUCUUAUGUCUUCAACAUUUUGAACCACAACCCUCCAAAGGGACAGCCGGAGGGCAAAACGCACAUCCAGGCGGAGUAUGUGAAUGUGCGAUACGACAUUAAGGAAGACUCCCCCAUCGUCUAUUCGAGGGAUUUAUCCGGCCUGCUGGGAGGCCUCCCCGGAAAGGAAGCUAGGAGGGAAGAUAGCAGGGAAACCCACACGGGGUGCGAAUCCCACAUCGGUUUCCAACUCAACGGUUCCGAACUCAACGCUCCUAGCAGCCGGGAUGACGUUUCCAUCCAAGCGGACGCUAUCGGCGAAGACUUUACUCAGGAGGUUAUCCGCACGUACGAGCAGGAACAGUGGCUUAAGUACACCAAAAAUGAUGAGAUCAACUUGUGCCACUACUUCUGCCGGAGCACGCCGAACAAAAUAUACAAAUCGUACUGCAUCCAGGACCCGCGCCUGUUCUUCUCUCUGGAGUGCCUCGACCGCAUACGGGUCCUUCUGGACGGCCGCCAACCGAACCAGAUCUCCAUCCUGAAAUGUCACGUGAAUAAGGCUGUGGAGUAUGUCAUCGAGUCGAGGCAUAUUUUCCAGGACGAAAUAGCUUUCUUAGUUAUGAAGAACGAUUUACCCAUGUCCUUCCUCGACAUUCGAAAUGAAACCAAAACGAACCUAAUUGUGGCGAAAAAUACCCUCAUUAAGAUUAAGGGCAGAAGGAGAUACGAACUCAUUUUUGGGAUUCCCAAGAAGAAGACGCUUCCAUUGGAGGGGGAGACGAUGCGGCGAAAGGACAGCUACUUAAUUAUCUUCCGCUUCAUUGACGAGCCCAGCGUGAAGAAAAUGCUAACCCAGAAGCACAGGAACCAGAAGGUUAAGGACGAACCACAAGAGAAGAGCUGCGUCUCGGUAGAGGUUGGACGUGACAACUCGGAUAACAUUGAGAGGACCUACGUCCUCGAUGUGUAUAACAAGAUAGCGCAACAUUUUUGCUACACCAGGUACAAAUCCUGGAACAACGUAGAAAAUCUCAUCAACGAGGAACAGGAGGGAAACCUAAUCAUGGACGUAGGGUGUGGCAACGGCAAAAACGUGCAGGUCUCAUCGAAGUACUUUUUCAUUGGUCUGGAUUUCAGCUGGCACCUUUUGAGGCUUGCCCAGAAGAAGUGGAAUUCGGAUUUGUUCCUUGCCAACUGUGUCAGCAUACCUUUUCGAUCGAACAUAGCCGACCUGUGCAUUUCCAUCGCGGUGAUUCAUCACAUCGGCACGCAUGCAAAACGACGAAAUGCAGUGGCUGAGAUGGUCCGAUGUACCAAAGUUGGGGGCAAGAUCCUGAUAUACGUCUGGGCCUACGAGCAGCAGGCGAACGUGGUCGGCAACCGGAAGUUCGAUUCCCAGGACAUUUUCGUUCCCUGGUACCUUCAGCCGCAGCACACCCUGGAAGGCAGUGAACACGUGAACGAAGCAGAAGCGGUUGAAAGGGAAAUCCUCCACCCAGCCAAAAAGGAUCUGCAGAAGCUCCAGAGAUACUACCACGUGUUUAGGAAGGAGGAGCUCCAUGACUUGUGCUUAAGCAUCAGCGGAAAGGGUGCCCCCGCUUGUAGCUCCGCCUGGAUAGACAUCGCGCACAAGGGGAUGAAUGGGCAGGAAGGGGGAGUAGAGGCUGGCGUGCCGGAAGGAGAGGAUGAAGGAGCUGAAGCGGGUGUCUCGCCCGAGCAGCACACGUAUGAUGUCAUCAUCGUAGGCGGAGGAGUCUUCAGUUGUUGCCUGCACUACUAUCUAAAGAGAAAAAAACCAGACAUAAAGAUCCUGAUACUGGAGAAGGAGCAAACACUGGGAGGGUAUAUCAAAACAGAAUGGAUAGGAGAUGAUAAAGGGAAGAACUUCCUCUGCGACUUGGGCCCAAACAUACUUAAAAUAUCCGAUGACAGUUACGAGCUACUCAAAGAAUUGAACCUCUUGUCACAUGUAAGGGUCCUAAAUAGAAGGCUUCUUAGAUACGUAUACGCAUGUGGAGGGCUAUACCCCCUCCGUCUGAAUAUCUGGGGCUACUUUGCUUUCCCCCUUAUAAGUGUGACCAAUAAAGUGAAGCUAAUAUUCAAGCUGCUAUUCAAGCGGUACAAAAAAUUGAGUGCGUACGAUGAGGACAUUAGUGUGGAAGAGUACAUGCGGGAGAACUUCGAUUUGCAACACUACAACUUUUUGUUGCUACCUCUGAUUUAUGGAUCAUGUGGGGGGGUGGGUAGCAUUUCGGCCGUCUCCUUUUUUUCGCGCAACCUCAAACUUGGUGAUAAUAAACUGAACACGUUGCGCGUGUGGAAGGAGCGCAUGGGGGGUGGACUGUGCAGAGUUGAUAGCCUGAGAGGGGAUGAAGUUGGCUGUGCCGCUGCACCUUCCAAUGAAGGAAAAACGCCAACGGGAGGGAAACACAUCUCCGUGGGCCUCCAACACGCAUAUGCGCGAGGAAUAAAUGGGGAGUACGACCAAUCCUCCUCCUUCAACAAUGUUAUGCACAGACAGGACACGCGCAACGGUGAAACCAUCGGGUGGGACACAGUUGGAGGGGAUGCCAUCGAGGAGACAAGCGGCCACCACGCAGGGAUGGACACCAUGAAGGGCCAGCCUCCUUUCGUGGACACCCCCCACGUGGAAGUGUACCUCCACUUUGUAAAGCGAAUCUACCAAAAAUGCAAACGCGCCGUCCUUCAGGUCAUGCCGCCGCUCUAUCCCCAGCUAGCCAAAAAGGACUCCAACGAAUAUGAAGAAAAAAAAAAAAAAAAAAAAAUCUUAGGAAAAACAAUAUCCUUGAAAUAUGGCAUGUACGAAAUAAUUGACAAACUAGAAAAAAAUAUAAAUAAAAAAUAUGUGUGGACGAAUGAAGAAGUCGAUUCUGUUGAAAAGCACAACGAAGAUACUUGGGUCUGCACCAUGAGAAGAAAACACUCGAGGAAAACCUCCUGUAUAUACGGGAGAAAUGUCAUCCUUACGGUGAACUCCAAGACAUGCGCCAAUAUCAUGCGAAAAAUCUUGCCCCCAGAAAUGAAGGCCAAUCUUGUAAAUGUCCAAUACUCAAGCCUCAUUAGCGUUAUAGUGUAUUACCAUAAGAAGGACAUAACCCUACCCCCAAACUGCUUUGGAAUUUUGUCAGCCGACAAAACGAAUCACAUUCUUGGUUGCUUCUACACAAGCAACAUCUUCAAGGAGAGGUGCAAUGACGACAGUGUUGUUCUAUUGACCCUAUACAUGGGGGGACAGAACAACCCUAAUGAUGUCUACAUGGAGGAGAAAGACAUAAUCGAGAUAGUGUCCAGAGAACUCACAAAAAUAUUUCAUGUAGAGAACAAUGCCCAACCUGUUAUCCUCAAGGUGAAGAAGUGGAUUGACUCUAUCCCCUUCUAUUCGCAAAACUACGAAAGGAAUUUGAAAUGCUUCCUAAACGAGCUGCAUAACCCGGAGUACCGGAACUUAUUUGUUGAUUCGAGUUGGAUUACCGGGACGUCCAUAUCUGACAGGAUUGUUUCGGCGAGAGACUUGUCGGAAUUUAUGGCGGCCAGCGUGUUCCCGGUGAAGCCGUGCUACGCCAAUGCGGCGUUGGCAUGA